AAACCGCAUUAUUCUAUAGUGAGAGGCAGGGUGUCAUUCAUUUUGGGCUCUUGAGGGGGCCAGUGUGUUUCUCCUCCGGCAGACGAAAUGACCAGCUCCUUAAUGGUUUCAGCGAGGUUUUCUUAGGGGUUCUUUCACAUAUCCACAUAUCUGUAGAUCUGUCAAAAGAGGGAAUCAUAACUUCAGGAUUUACUUGAGAAUCGUCGGUAUCUUGCGGACAUCUCCGUCAGGGAUAAAUCAAAAGGAGAUGAUGGCUUUAUCGGUCCUCUACGUGCUGUGCAUGUGGAUAAGUUUCGUCUGUCCUUCGCUGGGAACAGGUUUUGUUUAUCACUUUCCAGGCAUCACUCUGCAGCGGCAGCGCAUCAACUCGGAGCAGAGAAGCAGCACCGGACCGCCAGGUACCGGGUCCCGGACCCAACUCAGGAACUGGUGUCAGUAUACUGUUUCCAGAACAGUGUCCUGUAAGGUGCACAACGGGACAGAAACCUCCGUGCAGAGAGUGUUUCAGGGCUGCCGAUGGCCCGGACCCUGCCCCAAAGUCAUCAGCUACAGGACCCUGAUCAGGCCAUCCUUCAAGGUGACCUACAAGCUAGUGACUGCACUGGAGUGGAGAUGCUGCCCAGGGUUUGUGGGAGAAGAGUGUCGAAAAGAGUGUUUGAACUGUACCAGCUUCACUAACAUGAACAGCAGAAUUAAUGCCAUUGAAUCAAAGAUCAAGCUGUUAGAAGAGGGACGUUCAUCCCUGCCAACAGCCAGCAGUUUACCAGAGGGCUCAACAGACAACGAGGUGGACGCUCCCCAACCCACUCCUAUUGGACCGCCAUCAUACCUGCCACCAGCACCAGGAGGCCGAGGUCCUCCAGGGCCCAUUGGACCACCAGGGCUUCCAGGUUCUGCUGGACCUCCGGGUCCGGCUGGACAAGCGGGCCUCUCUGGACCUACCGGACCAAAGGGGGACAGAGGUCUAGCAGGAGUUAUAGGACUCCCUGGACCUCCUGGCCCACCAGGUCCUCCAGGGCAGAGCUCCUCUCCUGUACGAGAGCGAGGUGACGUUUUUCACGUGGACAAUCAAGAGGAGAAUCUCCCUGCUCAUCAGAUCAUAGUCGGGCCUCCAGGUCCAACUGGUCCCCUCGGCCCCUCAGGGCCUCCAGGACUGAGAGGACCUGCAGGAUUACCAGGCCUGCCCGGACGUGAUGGCAAGGAGGGCCUCCAAGGCACGCCUGGGGAUCAUGGGCCUAAAGGAGAUCCAGGAGAGAGGGGGGCUCCAGGUGUAGGAGGCGAACAGGGCCUACCUGGAGCAGUAGGGCCAAAAGGAGAGCCAGGAGAAGGCUUGAAUGAGGGCGAGGGUGUGCAGCAGCUCAGGGAGGCCCUGAAGAUCCUGGCCGAGAGGGUCCUUAUCCUGGAGCACAUGAUUGGCGUUCAUGAGAGCUCUGAAGGAUCUGGAUUUGGCAGCAUUUUGGACCCCCUGUCUUUCUCUGCCAUAAAGACCAAGCGCCUUCAGCCUGUUCAAAACCCUCUUCAGGCUCCAGUACUGGGGGAGAGACUAAGACGAGCUCCCCUUUAAGGGUUUAGUCUAAUUCUGUAUUUAUGUGUAUAAUUGUGACGGAUGUGGAAUAUUUUGCUUGACUUUACGUACACCUUUUUUAUAUCAUGUUUCUCAUAUUAUUACAAUGUAUUUGCCCAUUAUUGUCUUUAAACAGCUGUAAAAAUGAAGAGAUGUUGAGCAUUUCAUCCACAUUAAAGGCUUUAUUGAGCCUUUUUGACCCUGUUGUUGGAUGCUCUUAGUCUACAUAACCUUAUCAGCAGCCCUUGUACAAUGUUGCACCAUGAAAUAUAAUCUCAUAAAAUGUUAUGAGGGUUUUGGCAUCUUUCAUUCCUCAGAUAACAGACUGCCCAGUAAACACAUCACUUUCCUUGGCUGAUGUUGCAAAGAUCCUCAGGCUGCAAUGUGAGUUCCCAAGAGCUGGACCCAAAAUACAGUAUUUAGUGUCAAACACAUUCUUGGAUCGACCUCAGGGUUCUUCUUGUGUUAGCCUGUCAACCAUAUUUCUUCCUGUCUUCUCUUUUUGUCUCUCUCUGCUUGCUCUGCCUUGUUAAAACUGAGGUAAGACAUGACAGGCUGCCAAGGGUAUCUGCUUAAAAUAAAGUUAGGUGAAAUAGCAUCUGGAGAGCGCACAUCUGGAAAGCAAGAAGAGGAGAUACGAUGAGUUUUGGCCCCGGAUACCACACACCCUGCCUGGCUCCAGUGCACCUUUGCGCGACUGGCUGAUGGAGCACUAAACAGGAUUACAUUGACUUCUUCAUAAACUGCCUCUGAGAUUUGUCUCCAAGCUGAUAUGAUUACUGUACAAUACAUCUCUGAGAGACCGCGCCUGUUGGUCUCUGAACACAGCUUGGACUAUGCCUGGUUCAAGCUUUGUUUUCUCCAUUAAAAGGUUCAUCUGAAGAGGGAAUAGUUUUUGGAGAUGAAUUUUUUGACAUUCGUUUUCUUGCAGACAGUUGGAUGAGAAGAUUGAUACCACUCUCAUUUUUGAAUGAUAUAUGAAACUGGAGCCAGUUAAUUAGUCAGCAAAAAGACUGGAAACAGCGGGAAACAGCUAGCCUGGCUCUGACAAUAGGUAACAAAAUCAAACUAACAGCACCUCUAAAGCUCACAAAUGACCAUCUGAUAUAUUAUUUGUUCAAUCUGUAUAAAAACUGAAGCUUAUGAACGGAAAUCUGACGUCUUUUGUGGGUUGUUUGCUGGACUAUUACUUGGCUCUGGGCACUUGCCAGGCAACCGGGAGGGGAAACUGUCAACAAAUUAGAUGGAACAGUUGACAGUUGCAUCUUAAUAAAAUCAAACAUUAAAACAAGUAAACCAAUUCAGCUCAAUUAAAAGGAACUAAAAACUGCUACGAAUAUGAAACACAAUAUAAGAAGCCCUUUAAGGACAGUUAUCUGGUGUGACUUUGAGUUUAUCAGUGGUGGAAGCCCAUUUGGAAAUAUGCGUCACUCCCAAGUCAGAACAACGGGACGUUUUAUUGUAACCUCAGACAGAGCCAUGCUACAGAAGGGUAAUGCAUUCACUAGAUAAAAAUAUAUUUGCGCUGUGUUUAUUUUAAUUUUCUCUAUCUCAGAAUUAUGGGAAAAGUUUUCAUGGAAAAAAAAUUCUGCUCUGUUGUUGUGAAAUAGAAAAGUACUUUAAAAUCCAAGGAGAAGCUCUUAAUAACUUGAGAGCUUGAUUUCAUGGAAGCAAACAUGUCCCGUCUGUUUAAUUUAAUCCAGUUUUAUCUUGGUUUGGAUUUGAGAUAUUGGGAGAACUGGUGUAUUUUAGUAAUGUAGAUGAUAUUAUCAUUAGUUUGUUGCACCUCAGGACUUUACAGUUGUUUAGACAUAAAGUCAAGUCUGAUCUGCUAGACAUUGCCAACAAUUAUGGCAUGCUUCAUGGGUAUACGAUGAUGCAUCUGAAGUGCAUUCAGGCUCGCUCUGUAGUGACUCAGGCAAUUGUGCCUCAGUUGCAAUCAUGUUUAAAUUAAACAGACAUGACAAGUUUGCUUCCAUGAAAUCAAGCUCUCAAGUAAAUGAGAGCUUCUCCUGGGAUUUUGAGGUAUCAAAAUUCAGAGCAGAUUAUUUUCUCAAAUGAGAACUUUUCUCAGAAUUCUGAGACAAUAAUCCUGUUAAGAAAAACAGAGCAAUUUUUUUUCUCUCAGCUGUUUCCCCUGUUUCUAGUCAGUGUGCUAAGUUAAGCUAAUCAGCUGCUGCUUUUAUCAGACGGACAUGAGAGUGGUAUUGAUUUUCAAUCCAAGCAACACUUUUCCCUUAACCAUCAUUACCAGAAAAGAGAUGGAUCUGUCUGUAUCUGUUGUUUGUUUUUUUUAAACCAAUUAUCAUAUGUUAUAGAGUCUACCUUUUAAACACUGUUUUGUUGUGUCUCGUGCAUGUUCAAUUAUCUUUUAUACUAAACAAUGUUCAGGAGUGCUUUGUUGUUUAAUUUACGAGACAUCGUGCUCGGCAGAUAUUUUAUCUGUGAUCAUUAUUGAAGUGAGAUUAAAGUCACAACAAC